AUGGUUUCCUCUCAAUUAACCGUUUUAAUGAAAAACGAACCUUGCAAAUCAUCCAAGAAUAAUUCACCAUCACCUGUGAGUCCUCUGGAUGUCAAGAUUCCUUUGGAUCAUGUUGAAUUCGACUUCUCCGAUGUGUUUGGUCCUCUACCACCUCAUGCUUCAAAUGAACCUACUUAUGAAGAUUUUGAGAAACCAGAUGUUAUUUCACAUUCUUUGGUGGGUCCCUCAGCCAGUUUGAGUAAGCUAACGAUACAUGAAAAGGAUGAUUUAUAUGAUGAUAUCGUAGUAGAUGAAGAAGCAUCGGUUGAUCAUCAUAAAGUCCAAAGUGUUGGGCUUGAAGAUUUUGAGGUGAUGAAGGUCGUUGGGAAAGGGGCGUUUGGAAAAGUUUAUCAGGUCAGAAAGAGAGACACUUGUGAGAUAUAUGCGAUGAAGGUUGUGCGUAAAGAUAAGAUUUUGGAGAAGAAUCAUGCUGAAUAUAUGAAAGCUGAACGCGAUAUACUAACAAAGAUUAAUCACCCCUUUGUCGUUCACCUUCGAUACUCUUUCCAGACUAAAUAUAGACUUUACCUUGUGUUGGAUUUUGUAAAUGGAGGUCACCUUUUCUUCCAGCUACAUCGCCAUGGCCUAUUUAGAGAGGAUUUGGCACGUAUUUAUGCUGCAGAGAUCGUUUCGGCUGUUUGUCACCUUCAUGCAAAUGGCAUAAUGCAUAGAGAUCUUAAGCCUGAAAAUAUUCUUCUAGAUGCUGAUGGCCAUGCUUUGCUUACGGAUUUUGGGCUAGCAAAAGAAUUUGACACGAAUGCAAGAUCGAAUUCGUUAUGUGGGACUGUAGAAUACAUGUCACCUGAAAUUAUUCUUGGGAAGGGUCAUGAUAAGGCUGCAGAUUGGUGGAGCGUUGGAAUUCUGUUGUAUGAGAUGCUCACAGGCCAGCCACCUUUUCGUGGAGGGAAUCGGGAAAAGAUUCAACAAAAGAUAGUGAAGGAGAAAAUGAAGCUACCUGCGUAUUUAUCAAGCGAAGCACAUUCGCUUCUGAAAGCUUUGUUACAAAAGGAUCCAAGCAAGAGACUUGGCAGUGGUACUGCGGUAGGAAGCGAUGAAGUAAAACGGCAUAAAUGGUUCAAGCCCAUCAACUGGAAGAAACUGGAGAAUCGAGAAAUUCAGCCAAGUUUCCGGCCUGAAGUUGCCGGCGACCAUUGUGUGGCUAACUUUGACAAAUGCUGGACGGACAUGCCGCUAACAGAGUCUCCGGCAUCCAGUCCUAAUGCCUCCACCACCCUCUUCCAGCGGUUUACAUUUGUGAAACCUGCAGUCUCGUUUCUUGAGAGUCAGAGUUCAGUAAUUCACUACACUGAUGUUCGUUAGAAUUGGGUUUAUCAUGAAAUUAAGCUGAUAUAAAUAUGGUGGCUGACUAUAGAUCUGUGAACCAUCUUGAAAAUUUUCAAACAACAGAAAAAUAAUAUUCUUUAGCCAAUUUAAUAUUUUUUGAUACGUACAAAUUGUG